AUGGAGGUUGCAAAGCAUCAACGCCUAGAGCCGGAUCUGAUGCCACGACCCAAUACAAGAAGUUUCCAAGACUUCAAGCCAAAGGAGAUCAAGGACUCUGGUCUAUUUCUCGUUGCAGCGAUUGAGAGAGCGGGAGCAGAGUUAAAGUGGUGGGAGGAGGAGCUCGAGCGGCUCCGGCGGACAAAGGCCGCCUACAAUGCUCAGUGA